AUUCCAGCUUUCGAUUCAUCUUGGGACAAAGCAAUCUAAGCAUUCAAAAAGUUUUCAGGCUUAUUUUGAAAAAAGAAGAAGCGGGAAAUGUCUUAUUCAUGAUGUCAUAAUGCUAUCAAAUUAGGAACAUCAUUCUGAUUUUGUUGACCAAGUAUACCUGAAUAUAUUCAGAAAGAUGACCCAAGCUUUAAGAACAGGGAUAUUGCAAACCUUGCCGCAAGAAAUUCAGCUAAAUACAGAACAGACACACCUGGGGGAUAAAGACAGGAAGCAGAUCAAGAGACCAAAGAGCACAUCAGUUAUGUUGGGAUCACGUGGAUCAGAUGACGAUAUAAGCGGAAGUGAAGAUAUACAUCGGGAAUGUCUUCAGGAAAACCUCCAACUUAUGUCGGACAACAUGGUGUUAAAACGCGUCGUAUUAUUAGACAGACUGGUGGAAAAUGGCUGUUUAACCGAAAACGAGACUGCUGACAUUCUUGAAUUCGAGAACAGAAAGGACCAAACUAGAAAACUUGCGGUAACCAUCAGCAAACGAAGCCGAGAAAAGUUUAGCUUGUUUUUGGAGGUAUUGAAAAGGUCAGAAAAUUAUCCGUUUAUUGCAGACCAGAUCGAGGCUUCCUACAAGGUCAAAGUGGAGGAAAGCAGAAGAAAACGGGAAUGCAUUCAAUGCUACAUGGUCCGCAACGUUGACUUGCGUGACAUCUUAGAUUUAUUAUGUUCCCAAUUUGUCGUUGAUCUCGAGUUUGUCAACGAUGUGAUAUCAUGUGAAAGCAGAAAUACUGCAAGAAUGGAGAGCCUUUGGAAGCAUUUAUUUGACAUACUAAAUACCUCUGAAGAUGCAAGCAGAUAUAGAAAAGUAUUCAAGGAGUCCCUCGGAAGGAAAUACGAUCACAUAGCUGUCAAAUUGUCGGCGAAGAAUAAGAUAAGAUGUAGGUGUAAAGCUACUGAAGCAAAAAAAAUCGUACGAAUUGAAAAUAUGUCUUGGCCGAGUGGUAGUGUUACAACGGACGAGAGAAGCACCACUUCAACCGUAGCUAGAUCAAAUUCGAGCACUCCAUCUGCAAGCAGUUCCAUUUCUGACUCAUCCGAUGUAGACAACAAAGGCUUGAGUAUCAGAAUGUCACGCACAAGCGAAUGGGUGAAUAACAUACAAAAUACACAAUUUAACUUUGAUAUUACAUGCACUUUAAAACACCUCGUAGGCCAAAAAGAAUUAAAAAAUAAUUCAGGCUUAGUAUUUCAAAUGUUUAAGCUUUUGUUUUUUCAGUUUUUGAUCUUAGCAUCAUUUUUAUUUGUUAGAUACAUUCUGGAUUACAAUAAUUUCUUCCACUCCCGGAAAAAUAAAUGACAAAAUUCUUUGAUUUCUUGAAUUACUUUAUUGGGAGAACUUAUUAUUUUCCAAAAACCCUUAAAAUUUGGGUCAUUUUAUUACUUUCACCUUAUUAAAAUGAUAGAAAAUAGUACAAAUGACUAAAUAGGAGAAAUAUUUCAAGCCCCAUAAAAUCUGUAAAAUUCAGGAGCUUCCUUCCGGGGGAUUCGCCCCCUGGACCCACUGCCUCAUAAAGUGGCGCCCCACCCACCCACCCCCCGCAACCACAAUUCCUGGAUCCGCCCCUGAUUUUAGCCUUAAAUCUGUGUUAUGUAAACAAAGACUCGAGUCUUUUAAUGUAUACCAGCAAACCCGUGAAACAAUAAUUUUGUAAUAUAAAGCAUCUUAAUUCUGCAGAGUCACAAAUUUUAACUUUUAGAUUACACAUUUUACCCAAAGAAUGGUUGAAAUGUGAAAGAUAUGAUAAACUUUGAUGAAUAUCCAUUUCUUUUGAAAAUUUCGUAAACAAUAACACCACAAUCUUUGUUUACAAAACAAAUAAUAAACUCCCUAAAAUGAGCUUCUUUGAUAAUGUAUAACCUUAACUUUUAUGUGAAAUCUUUUAAACAUAUUAUACAGUAGAUUUUGAUCAUUAAAAGUGAAAAACAAAAUUUUCGGAAAAAUCGUGAAUCAGUCCCUUUAAGUAGGUAAUGCAAUUCUUUAAAAAACUUGCACAUACGCAUGCUUUUAUUUAUUAUUUGAUAAAAAAUAUACUUACAAUUUUAUUAAAACCAUCUGAAUCAACAUAAAAUCAUGUUCAUACGCCUGAUACAGCUCCUACUGCUGAUGGGACGUUAACUGCAGAUAUUGUUUUCCCACCAACGGAAAAUAAGAAUUGGGGAAUAAAUUCCGUGCGGUACCUUUUCAACCGAUGCAGCGGUGUCUUAGAAAUUAUUGAUAUUUUUUUUGGCCUUAGAAGAAACAAUUGAAAGAUGUGCAAACAGGUACAGACAAAAUCGAAACAAAAUUCUCCAAGAGUCCAAGAAAAGAUAACACUGUAUCAAACCGUCUAAAGAGUUUACCAAAAAAAGACAAAGCUUGGAGACAUGAUCAUAAACGCAAUUAGGGGAUAUACUAACCACAGGAAAUAAGGUUAGCUGCUCUAUGAAGCCUUAUCGUGACACUUCAUCAGCGGGGACUUCUGAAAACGUCUCCAAAAAUUAUUCAUGUCUCCACAAAGAGUACUUUAUUCCCCAAAGAAUAGAAUUGUCGAUAAACGAGGAAGAAAAAUUUUGACAAUUUGAAUUUAGACAGAGAUAUAAGUGAAAUUUCAUAUACAUCUCUGCUCACAAUCGAAAGUGAAUUUUAUGCAGAACCGUUUUUCGAAUGCGGUAUUUCAACGAUAUCAGUUUGACUUUUGCAUGGCGUUCUGAAUAUCCGAUAUUGAUUCCAUUCCAGAUGGUCGUUCUUCAAGGUAUCACACCGGUAAUUAUUUUCACUAUAUAUUACUAUAGAGGAAAAAAAUUCAUUAAAAAUCAGUUUACAGAAUUGAUGCCGAAUAAUGCAGUCAGAAACGUUCUAUGUUACCUAUCUCGUCUGCCGACACCAGAAAAACACCACCCUACCGACAUUUUCGAAAAUAAAUUACCCGCAAACAAGACUACCCUCAAAUCCACGUGUUUUUCACAUGUGUGUAAACAGCCGGAGUACACCUCAGGAAGUAGCCUCAGCUACCAACAGCAAAUAGUUCCUUUGUAUACACUUGGUUAUUUCUACAAAUUACACAAAAUUUCCUAAUCAGGGGUGCAAAAAUUAAGAGAAAAGAAGAAGAGGAAAUGAGAAAAAUCGCGCAAGGAAAAAAUAUUUCUUUAAAUAUAUGGAAAAUCGCGCAAGGAAAAAAAUAUUUCUUUAAAUAUAUGGAACUACAAUUGACUAAGUUCAUUUUGAUUGGACAAUUACCGGUGUGAUACCUUUACAUCAUCUAUGUAUUUCGUGAAAACAGAAAAUCAAAAAGAAUUCAAACUUUAGAAAAGAGGAGACUAAAUGUACACACUAACGACAUUAAUUUCGGCGGAUGAGAAAUUGAACAUACCUUUUACAUAAUGCCAGUUAGUAAUACUAUACAUAGGAUCAGGACAGGUUUACAAUAUGACAUGUCUCAAAUCGUAAAACACAAUUAUUUUCUUGAUUUGUUGACAAUAGUGAUGGUUAAUCUGCUUGUGUCAUAUGGAAAUGCUUAUCCAUGAUUGUAAUAAUCUUUUUAGUAAUAAUACUACGAAGAACAAUACAACUUUUGUAAAUACAAUUAACUGCUCUAUUUCAACCCUGUGUAGAAAAGAUAGUAUAUACCUUAAGCAUGUACUAAUCACAAAACUCAUCUGUACUUUUGUGCAUUUGAUAUGGAUUCCAUUAACCCUGCUAUUGUGUGAAGAUAUUGAAGGGGAAAAAAAACCUGGUUCAUUUGAAUAUCAAACAGAUUCAGAAGAUUCGGUAAAUUCCAUUAUGAACUCACUUGAUUUGUUGUUAGAAAACCGAAUUUCAUUGGUGAAUCUCAAUAUCCAAAGUACAAAUAAGCUCGACAUUAUUCAAGCAGUGGAUUCGACAUCAUAACAUUAAAUGUUGUUAUUGUUGUUGUUUAUUAGUCAAAAGCAAAUACAGCUUAUAGACAUAGUAUACAAUGUAAUAAAUCUAAAAUCAAAUAAAGGUCAAGAAAGAAUAGAAA